AUGCCUUCUCUUUCUAUCUUCGUGGGAGUUCUCUCCCUGUCAACGCUUACACUCGCGGCGGGUAAUACACCUGGUCUUCCUCUUGUUAUUAAUACAUGGGGCGGCGAUUUCACCGCCGCUACGGAUGCGGCCUUCACCGCGCUGGGGAAGAAGGCUUCUGCACUUGACGCGGUUGAAAUUGGAGGUACGACGUGCGAGAACAAGCAGUGCGAUGGGAGCGUAGGCUUUGGAGGGAGUCCUGAUGAGAACUGUGAAACUACACUUGAUGCGAUGAUCAUGGAUGGUGGAAGCAUGAAUUCCGGAGCUGUUGCUGCUCUGCGUCGCGUUAAGAGUGCGAUUUCUGUUGCUCGACAUGUUCUCGAUCAUACUACCCAUUCUCUCAUCGUCGGAGACCAAGCUACAGAGUUUGCUAUCCAAAACGGCUUCAAGACCACAAGCCUGUCUACCAAAAACUCGGAUAAGCUGUGCAAGGACUGGAAGGCCAAGAAGUGCCAGCCCAACUAUCGCAUCAACGUCAGCCCAAACCCAGCAUCAACAUGCGGUCCCUACAAGCCUCUCGCCACCCUCACAACCAGCACCAUGAAGACCAAUAAACAAACCGGCCACGACACCCUCUCUCUCAUCACAAUCCACAAAGACGGCUCCAUGGCCGCAGGAACAACAACAAACGGCGCCUCCCACAAGAUCCCCGGACGCGUUGGCGACGGCCCCAUCGUUGGCAGCGGCUCCUACGUCGACAGCGAUAUUGGUGGCUGCGGAGCUACAGGUGACGGCGACAUCAUGCUUCGCUUCCUCCCAUGCUACCAAGCCAUCGAAGGCAUGCGUAACGGCCUCUCGCCCAAAGAAGCAGCCGAGGAUGCCGUUCUCCGCAUGGUUCGCAAGUACGGCGAUCUCAAGAGCGGCAUCGUCGUUGUAGACCGGUACGGAAACCACGGUGCUGCGUGCAGUGGGUGGAAUUUCCAGUACAGCUACAGAGGAGGAAAGAUGACCAAGACAAAGGUCGUCACUGUGAAGCCGGUGCAGGAGGUUUAA